UGUCCUAGCACUAAAACAAUGGCCUUCUCCAAACUAGGUUUCUUUCUCUUUUAUGUUCUUGGCUUACUAUUUAUUUCUCAUCCAGUAUCUUCAAACGAUGAAGAAGACAAGCUUUUCCAAGGUCUCAACAACUUCAGGCAAUCCCAAAAGCUUGCGGAGUUCAAGAAGAACGACAAUGCAGCUUGUCUAGCCGAUAAACUUGCCGACAAGCUAGAAUACCAACAGUGUUCUAGCUCACAGAAGUACAGCAUCGAGCCAGGCAACGGACCCAAAUUCCCGAAAUUCGACAAGCUCAGGAGAAAGUGCCAUAUCGAAACCAACACGACAACAGCCGGCAUCAUUUGGCCCGUCUGCGUGCCGGAUUUGGACGAGGAUCUUGUGCUCAACAACUACACUCGCUCCCAUUACGCAAAAUAUCUGAAGGAUUCUAAGUAUGCAGGUGUUGGGAUUGGUUCUGAGGAUGAAUGGGUGAUUGUUGUGUUGACCACUGACGCACAAAGUGGAAGCUUUGCGAGCGGCGCAGCAUCUUUGGGUGCCAUUGGCAUGAUUCAUUACAUGGCGGCUGUUUUGGUGGGGUUGUUCUUGGUUUUGCUCUGCUGAAUUGCUCUUCUAUUCUCUCUUUUAUUGUGUUGGAAAAAGCAAUGUGAUUAUUUUUUCCCUUUAAUCUUACACAUAAUAGUAAGAAUGUGUAACAACUCCACUUUCUUUGAUUUAAAUUAUCUUGUACUUAUUUAUCUUUAAGACAAACCUAUUUUCGAUUGUAAUUAAGUGAUAACUAUUUUUUAUUGUAAUUAAGUGAUGGAUUGUUUUAAUGGUUGU